GAACUAUACACCACGGCACUCAACGUGGACGACAUCCCACAGUGGAUGAGGAACAAGGCUGAAGCCGUCGCCACGGCAAUCGAAAACGGGCAGAGCUACGGCAGAAAAGAGGAAGCCGUGAACGACGACAUGGACGAAGAAGCGCAGUUUAGCGCCGUCGGCUCUUCGCAAGUUCGGGAGCCAGUUUUUCACCGUCCGCUGACAAUGGAGAACUUGUCGCACCAUGCUGCUGCCUCUGGCCUCGCCCGAGAGCACAUGGCCAAGCGCUACCUGAUCACAGCGUACCCCUC